AUGUUGCAACAUCUUUCAGUAAAGCAGAACUCAACUAGUCGGCCAUUGAGAAAUCUGGAAACAUUUUUCAAGGUAUUGGCAGAUGUUGGUAAACCUUUACGCCGCGAACACUGGACCAUUCAUAUGACGUUGCAUCUUGCGUUCCCAGCUUCCGUAUCCGAUCCCACGGCAUACCUACGACGUGCGUGGCAGGUUCUUCACUAUCAGCACCCAGCAUUAGGAGCUGUAACGAGCCAAAAUAAUAGCACGGCAUAUAUAACGGUGGAAAAGCUGGAUGAAGACGUUUGGGCCAACAACACAUUUACCGUAUACCCCGACUACAAGGGUACUGAGGAGCUGUUUUCAUGCCUUUAUCCCACUGCCACUGCUACUUGCUAUUGGCUACCUACGCCAUCAAAGUUGGUGAUUCGUUCAUCUCACUGGCGAAUUGAUGGGGUUGGCAUGGCUAUGCUGAGCCACGACUUCAUGGUGGCAUUGGCCGCGGUUUUACGGUUGGGGCAUGACGCUUCCUUGGACUCUUUGAUGCCCGGCCUCGAACAUCGCCAUCCGCUUGCACCAAGCCUUGAGGAACUAGCGCUGGCCCAGUCUAGGUUUCCAAAACUUCCUAAAGGUGAAGAAAAUCCCAUCUUGGCGACGGGUGCCGAUAAUCUGGUAGCGAGGUUCUUGCGCGGUGUACCGAGCAUUGGAUUACCGACUCGACCGAACUCGGAACAAUCCAAUCCUGGCGCCAGUGGGUGUGCAGUGACCCACCUCGAUGCGGUAACGACGGUAAAGAUAAGAGCAGCAUGUCGCAACAAGAAUAUUAAAGUUACAAGCGCUAUACAUGCGGCUAUCAUCCGCGUUACUUCCACCUUUCCUCAACACCCGCUGUCCAAGUCGUACGCAGCGUUCGUGCCUAUCGACCUACGGCGAGCACUUGAUAUCACUGCCAGUUCGGAGGUCAAAACCCUGUCAAAAGUUGUUGGGCUAUAUUUCUCGGGUCUGCCUGUGUGCGUUGACUCUGUUCUUCCCGGGGCGACCAAUAAUACUAAAACCUUCGAGGACGUCGCAAGGGAUCUAGAUGCUGUCUACGGUAGUGAUAUUCUUCAGUUCUGGGGGCCAGACCAUGAGAAUACCGAAAGAAUUGGUUUGCUCGAUCUAGUAGAACCGUACGUGCGACGCACUACAGCUCUAUUCGGCGCUCACAUACCUGAAGGUUUCCCACCUGUACAGACUCCAGAUCUAAGCACACUUGGUAAGGUCGAUAUGUACCUGCAAAAGUAUUAUGAUGCUGGUGAGCAUGAGAAUGUGGAGGUGAUUGAUUUCUGGCUUGGAACUGAGAUGCUAAAUAGGAGCGUCCAGUUCCAUACUUGGAGUUGGAAAGACGAGUUUAACCUUGGAGCAUGUUUCAAUCUCAGCUUCUACGACAAUGAGUUUAUCAUCGAUGUCCUUAACAAGGUGAUUGACGGACUUCUGGUGGGAUGUGGAAUAAGCAAAUAG